AUGGAGGGCACUGGCGGUAAAGUUAAGGGACUAAGCUCAUUGGAACUCAAGGCUUUGAGUGUGCCCUUUGCGUUGCGUUUCCUUCUGGGUGUGGAGUGUGAUGUUGUAUUAUGCGUUACAGAGGUGGGAAAUCGGCGACCCUUCUCCAUUAGAUUUCCGAGCCUUUCCAAUGCAUUCAAAGAGUUGUUGCAGUUGUGCGCCUUACGGUAUGACCUCUCUUGUGAGCAUUAUGACGAUCACAGCCUCUUUACGGGAAUUCUAAAAUUCCCAAUACUUCGGUACAUUGACUACAUACCAGGUGCUUUACAUAUGGAAGAAGUCCUCGGGUGCUUAGGCGUGGAAUCGAUAAGGUCACCGAAGCGUUUGGGAGAAUCCCUCCAUGAAUUUGUGGCGUCCUUCAUCGACUACAAGGACUACCAGCCAGACGCGGCACUUGAUCCGUUGAAUAACGGACUGUAUUUAACGUUAGACUACGGCCUUUCCACAGCCACGCACAGUCACCUUGUGGAAAUACAGUUUCAUAGGGGAUGGGAUGUUGAUGCAGCUCUGCGAGAGUUUGAGGAAUUUAGCAGGUUGACAGCAAAUGAUAUCCGCUUCAUCGAUGAAAACAAUAGAGGAAGAGGUGGUGUGCUCGUAAUGCCAUCAACACAAGACGCAUCAGAUUUGUUUGAGCGUUAUGAGGACGAGGACUCCGAUGACGAAGGUGAAUUGCUACCUUUUGUGCUUCGUCCUGUAGCCCCAAUGGUGCCUGUUCCAUCGGUGGAGGAUUCAACACUGAGAAAACACCGUGAGCAGUACUGGAAGGAGAUUGAAACCUUCUGGAAGCGUUUCCCGAUAUGGAGUAAUACUGUGGUUGUUUCCAACCUCUACGAUGGCGCUACACUGGAGGACGCGCUUCGGUUGUUUGAUGGACUUGCCAUUGCAAAAGCCACAAUGGUGGAAUGCGACACCCCCGCGCGCCGGCGGAAGUUGUAUGUAACGUUUGAGACAUCUGCCGUGGCGCGCACGGCUUUGUCGUCGGACAGCAUGAGCACGAAAGGAAAAACUCUCCGAGUUCAAGUUUCUCCCCCGUUCCUUAAUGAGGAGAGACGCGGCCGUGUGAUUGAAACGAUUUCUUCGCCCACCUCAUCUCCAUCAUUGCGUAGUAAAUGCUAUCCCACCGGACUCACUGGCUCUCCUAACUGCACUACAGCAGAACCUGAGGGGGUACACAAUGAACGGAAAGAGACAGAAGGUCGUCGGCGGGAUGCACACGCCGUAUCGGGCAAAAGUAGAGACUCUGCGCCCGCGUUAGUGAAUACUGAGUCUAAACAUAACGCGUAUACAACGCCCAAGUUGAAACCCAAGACACCGGAUGUAAUGUGUCAAAGCCCUUCACCGGUAUCGUCAACCAUGAAUGCAAACGCCAGAGAAUUUGUCCCUUCGUCUGCCUUUCAUGCAUCCACUCCGACUACGAGCGCAUAUGUCUCACCUGUGCCUUUAGUGUGUGUGAGUGAAGUCCUUUUGUCUCCUCCUGCGUAUUCUCUUCAUGGAAGUUCUGUACGGCAGGACGUUGGGUUGGGUGGGGGGCCUCCGCCACCUCCACCGCCGUACACUGCGCCUCCUCCAUAUGGCGUUGCUGCGGUGCAAACUGUUGGUAUGUUUCCAUCUCACGUGCUUCCCCCACCGCAUCAGUCAGCAUAA